CUCUUCGGGCUGUACGCUAGAGGAUUCAAGGUCCAUAUGUAUGCUCGCAAUGCCAACGCACGGCGGCCAGUAGAUAGCAGGGUACAAGGCGAGGAGGCCUAGCAGUGGCACGGGUGCGGGACUUUGUCGGACUUCUGGUGCGGUUCGCCGCCGCCAUGCCGAUCGCCCCCACGGAGAAAGAGAUGCUCAGCCACCGGCGGUACAAGCGAUCGUCCGGCGAUUCCCGGUCCGUGCGCCCACCGGCUAGGUCCGAAUCCUCGCAUCUCAAUGCACCGCUCGUCAUGCGGAUCUCGUCCACGGAGACAGAGAUUCCCGGUCACGGGCGGUUGAAGCGAUCCUCGUCGUCCAAGGAUGCCAGGGCCGACGCCGACGCCGACGCCUCGCAUCACGAAGCAGCGCGGGCCAUGCCGAUCUCGUCGACAGAGAUAGAGGUUUCCGGCCAGGGGCGGUUGAAGCGGCCGUCGUCGUCCGAAUCCGGCAGCGCCUCCUAUCCAACCUGGGUGAUUCUGAAUCGGGUCGGCGUCCGGAGGGACUCCUUCGACGGCGACGGCACCACGUCAGCGGUCUCCUACACCUCCGGCGGCGAGCAGAUCUCCGUCUCCUUCGUGCUCGAGAAGCCGCCGCGGACUUCCCUCAUCACCCUCGACUGGCCACAAGGGCCCAGCCCGUCGGAGGGGAGCACAUCAAAGCCGCGCGUCGUCGCCGCGCACCGCAACGUCGUGCUGCUCGAGAUCUCCCGCGCCAACUACCUUCGUCCUGCUUCAAUCGACUUCUUCGUCUACAAGGCCAGCGGCAGCGGGGGCCCCUCCCUGACGCGCUUACCCGUUUGCUACUGGAAGGGGCCUUGGAACGCAGACAGCCCUCGGCCGCGCAUCAUGGGCAAGUACUCCACGGGUCUUCUGUCCUGCAGCGAUGAUUUCUUCGUUGUAGCUGAUCUCGCGAGAGGGUCACCUCAACCAUCCCUAGUUGACAUCUACCUCAUGUGCUCUGGCUCCAACGACUGGAAAGUCUUCAGGGAUGUGCCUAUCCACAAUGCUGACAGCGUCCCACAUUUGUCCUGGUGGUCAACUGAUGUGGUGUUACCCUGGCGCCAUCACUACUUGAUCUGGGUGGACUAUUUCAGAGGGAUGAUUUUCGCACGCAUCACACAUCCAGGAAAUGGCAUUGACCUGCAGGAGCCUGUUCUAAGAUAUGUGCCGCUUCCGGUGGAUCCAGUUCAGGGGAACACUUACGACAACGACUAUGGGCGAGGAUGCCCUGCAGCUUCCCGUAGCAUUUGUAACACCCACCAUGGGAUCAAGUUUGUCAGUAUUAACCAGCGUGGCAGCAGUUUCAGCAUCUCCCUGUGGUCAUUGUGUCAGGAAAAAUGGAGAGAAGAUGCAACGCUGGAUGCUGACCAACUUUGGGACCUAGAUUUUGAAAACCGCCUUACAAAAGUACAACCAGCAUUCCCAGUUGUUGACAUGGAAAAUCCUGAUGCCGUUUGCUUCUUGUUGAAUGAGGGCCGAUACACUGUUAUCCCCGAUACCCCAACAUGGAUGAUCAAAAUUCACAUGACAAAGAAGAUUCUUCUAGAUUCUCAUUAUUAUUCCAAAGGAAGUCCGUCUUAUCAGAAAACCUAUACAACUGCGAGGAGGAUGUCUGAGGGGCUCACCUUCAUCUCCAGUGGAAUGCCAAGUUACCUGUCUGGACAGACCAUGGAAAGGGGCUUGAUAAGCUACUAGAAAUACGACAGGAGAUUCCGGUCUGGAGAUUGAAUACUCAAAGCUCAGCUAGGAUGUGCGCUCCUGCAGUUUUGGAAAGAAACUUGGGCAGAUUAUGGCAUGGCACCACCACAUAGUUGGGUUAAAUUAUAUGUUUCGUACACUCUAAAACAUGUUAUGGAUAUGUGCAAUUAUAUUAUCUGUUUUGAUGUUAGUAUUGUUUCUAUA